AUGAACAACUAUGUAUCCUACCAUAGACUGUCAAAGGAAAGUGAGUCAUUUGUGAAUCAAUUAUCUGUUGUAUCUAUUCCUACUAACAUCCAAGAAGCUCUGGGAGAUCCUAGGUGGAAGGAAGCUAUGAAUGAGGAAAUGAAGUCACUUCAAAAGAACUCAACUUGGGAAGUUAUUGAGCUUCCUGAAGGAAAAAAACUUGAUGGAUGUAGGUGGGUUUUCAUAGUCAAAUACAAGGCAUAUGGAACCAUUGAACGAUUCAAAGCUAGACUAGUCACGAAGGGGUACACUCAAAUUUAUGGAAUUGACUACAUGGUGACAUUCGCACCAUUAGCAAAAAUCAAUACUGUCCGUAUUCUUAUAUCAUUGGCGGUGAAUCUUGACUAG